UAAAUAACUAAGCGUGUUAAGUGUUUGGAUAGGGUGGGAACUACCUUGACUGACUGACUGACUGACUUAUCUUUGGAGAAAAAAAAUCGAAUGGGAAGAAAAGAAGUGGGAUGGGCCCUAAUUCCACCAAUCCGGAUGCAAAGCAACGGGAGUUUCUUAUAUAAUCAGACAUUUCCCACCUUCUAGCAUCACCUCUUACACCUUCCACCUCUCACAACUCCGGGCUUCCACGCUCACUCUCCAACCAUGGCCAAGGACAUGACUCUGCUGUGGGGCUCCGGCUCUCCUCCCUGCUGGAGGAUCCAGAUCGCACUGGAGGAGAAGAAGCUGCAGGGCUACAACCAAAAACUGCUCUCCUUCAUGAAGGGAGAGCAUAAGUCCAAACAGGUCAUGGACAUGAAUCCCAGGGGACAGCUCCCUGUCUUUAAACAUAAAGACUAUGUCCUGAAUGAGUCUUACGCUGCGUGCUUGUACCUGGAGAACCAGUUUGGGGGACAGGGAAACAAACUGGUCCCUGAAUGCCCAGCUGAACAAGCAAUGAUGUACCAGCGCAUGUUUGAGUGUCUCACGCUCUCCGAGAAAAUCAUGAAUGUUUUCCUCUACGAGAGGAGGGUCCCAGAGGGAGAGAGACAUGACAGUGCUGUGAAGAGAAACCUAAAUGCUCUGACUGAUGAGGUCAAGCUGUGGGAGGAAUACCUGAGCAAGGGACCAGGCCCUUUCCUUGCAGGAAAGACCUUUUCACUGGCUGAUGUGGCUGUUUACCCGACCAUCGCUUUUCUCUUCCAUUUUCAGUUAUCUGAAGAUCGUUACCCUAAACUGGCAGCUUACUAUAACUCCCUGAAGGAAAGACCCAGCAUCAAAACCAGCUGGCCUCCUACCUGGCUGGAGACCCCAGAGGAAUCGGGCAAGCUGAAAAACAUCUGAGAUUCAAACCUGCUUCAGCUGACACAUGGGAAGUGUUCCUGUUCAGAUCUGUACCCUCUCCUUGCAUUGCACUGGCUCCACUUUUUAAGAAAUAUGCAUUUUCUGUGGUUAUGGUUAUUAAAUUGUGUGCCUUAAACUCACAAUCAUUUUUGUGUUUUAAGAAAUAAAUAAACUUUGGCUUCAACUUUC